AUGAGACCCGGAUCAGAGCGGAUCGGGGCCGGGGCCGGAUUAGGAGACGGGGGGGGGGGGGUGCGGGCGUCAAUCAACCCGGGGGCGGGGCCUUGGGUGUCCGUCAUUCCCGGGGUUGGGGCUCGGGGUGGGCGGGACUCAGGUGUCAAUCAUCCGGGGUGGGCGGGGCUCCAGGUGUCAGUCAUCCCCGGGUGGGCGGGGCUCCGGGCGUCAAUCAUCCGGGGUGGGCGGGGCUGCGGGUGUCAAUCAUCCAGGGUGGGCGGGGGCUCCAGGUGUCAAUCAUCCGGGGUGGGCGGGGCUCCAGGUGUCAAUCAUCCGGGUGGGCGGGGCUCCGGGUGUCAAUCAUCCGGGGUGGGCGGGCUCCGGGUGUCAAUCAUCCAGGGUGGGCGGGGCUGCGGGUGUCAAUCAUCCCGGGUGGGCGGGGCUCCAGGUGUCAAUCAUCCGGGUGGGCGGGGCUUUGGGGUGGGCGACGCUCUGGUCGUCAAUCAUCUUCGGGGUGGGCGGGGCCUGCGGGCGUCAAUCAACCGGGGCGGGGCCUCGUUGUGGGCGGGGCUGCGAGUGUCAAUCAUCCCCAGGGGCGGGGCUCUGGGCGUCUGUGAUCCCUGGGGUCAGGGCUCGGGGGUCUCGGUGCUCAGUCCCAGGUGCUCGGUGCUCAAUGGCCGCCGCCCCCGCCCCGGGCCCGAGGACGCCGACUUCCGGCGCCUGAUGGACCUGGCGCACGGCUUCAUGGCCUCCCAGGUCCUGUUCGCCGCCCUAGACCUCGGCGUCUUCGAGGCCCUGGCCCCGGGGCCCUGGCGGCGGCGCGGUGGCGCGGGUGCUGGGCUCAGUCCCCACGGGACGCGGCUGCUGCUGACGCCUGCGAGGGCCUGGGCUGCUGCGGCGGGCGGGGGCGCCGGUGAGCGGGUCACGGGGUCGUCGGGGGUCGCGGGCGGGGGACUCAGCGUCAGCACCCGGGGCGACGACCCAGGGACUGAGCACCCAGUACCUGGGGUGACAACCCGGGCUGUGGGCGGGGUCCGGGGUUCCCGGUGGGCGUGUCCCCCGCUGACUGACGCCCCCGGCCCCGCCCCUCUCCCUGCAGGCCCCUCCUCCUACGCGCUGGCCCCGCCCUGGCGCGAGCUCCUGCUGGGGGGCGGGGUCCGGGGUUUCCGGGCCCUCCUCCUACGCGCUGGCCCCGCCCUGGCGCGAGCUCCUGCUGGGGGCGGGGCCCGGAGCCAGCGCGCGAUGCUGCGGUACCUGGGGCGGCGGCCUACGGGGCGUGGGCGGGGCUGGGCGGGGCCGUGCGGUGAGUGGGCGGGGCCUCGGGGUGAGGGGGCGGGGCCUGGGGCGGCGGCCUACGGGGCGUGGGCGGGGCUGGGCGGGGCCGUGCGAACUGAGGUUUCUGAAGCCCCAGGCCCCGCCCACCCCGACGUCCCAGCCCGCCCACCCGACGCCCGGCCCCGCCGCACCCCGACGCCCAGCCGCCCCGCCACCCACAGGCGGGGGCGGAACCCGCAGCUGCCCAGGCCGGGGGCGAAGACACGACGGAGGGAGGCGUUCGCCGCCAUCUACAGGUCGGAGGCGGAGCUACUGUCCUUCAUGCGCGCCCUGCAGGACACCUGGCGCGUGUGCGGCCCCCGCGUCCUCACGGCCUUCGACCUCUCGCCCUUCCGGGUCGUGUGCGACGUCGGCGGCGGCUCCGGGGCCCCUGGCCGCCGCCCUCGCCGCCUCUACCCCGGCUGCGCCGUCUCCGUCUUCGAGGCCCCGGCCGUCGUGGCCGCCGCGCGCGCGCACUUCCGGGGUCCGCGGGGCUGCGCUUCCUGCCGGGUGAGGCCACGCCACUUCCGGUUUCCCGGGGAGCCACGCCCACGUCACCCGGGCCACGCCCACUUCCCCGUUCCCGCCACCGCCCGGGGAAACGCCCAUUUUCCCUGGCCACGCCCAUUUUACCCGGGCCACGCCCAUUCCAGGCCCGCCCACCCGGAGACCACGCCCACUUCCGGGUCCCGGGGACACGCCCACCGCCCGGCACGCCCACCACCCAACCCUGCCCAUCACUGUCCUGGCCCCGCCCCAAACACAGGCCCGCCUGCUUCCCCAGGGUCCCACCCUUCCCCUCCCAAGGCCCGCCCACCACGUCAUGGAUCCCGCCCACCCGGGCUCAACCCAGACCCGCCCAAGCACCCUGGGCCCGCCCACUCACCCCAGGCCCCGCCCCCACCCCUAGGCCCCGCCCACCUCUUUCCCCCGCCAAGAAACACUAGGCCCCGCACUCCGGACCCCCCAGCCCACAGCACCAAGGCCCGCCCAUCACACCCCCGGCCCCACCCCUCGCCAUUCCUGGCUCCGCCCACACAGGCUGACCCCGCCCACCUCAGCCUGGGCCCCGCCCUCCUCACCCAGGGCCCCGCCCUCCUUCCAAGCCCCGCCCACUUCACACAGGGCCCCGCCCACCCCCGGGCCCGCCACAUCAUCCCGGAAACGCCCACUUCCUGUUCCGCCCGAACACCCCGGGAAACGCCAUUUUCCCUGGGCACGCCACUUCCAGGAUACGCCAUUUCCCUGGGCCACGCCACUUCCAGGCCACGCCCACGCACCCAGGGCCCCACCCACCGCAUCCAGUCCCUGCCUCCCCACCUGGCCCCGCCCACCUACAUCAUCCUGGAAACGCCACUUCCUGUCCGCCCAAUGACCUGGGAACGCCCAUUUUCCCCGGCCACGCCCACUGGCCCCGCCCACCUCACCCAGAGCCCCGCCCACCUCACCCAGGCCCCGCCCACACCCCAGGGCCCCCCACCCCAACCAGGCCCGCCCACCCCAGGGAAACCUAGUCCUGUGGGGGAAACCGAAGCCACGACCCCACGCGACUUCUUCCGGUCCCGCCUCCCCGCCGACCUCUACGUCCUGGCCCGGGUCCUGCACGACUUCCCGGACGCGGCCUGCGCGCGGCUGCUGGGGCGGCUGGGGGCGGCCGGGGGGCCAGGCGCCGCCAUCUUGGUGGUGGAGGCCCUGCUGGCGCCCGGGGGGCGGGGCCCGCUGCGGGCGCUGCUGCUGUCACUCAACAUGCUGCUGCAGACCGCGGGCCGCGAGAACCGAGCGCAGUACCGCGCGCUGCUGGCCCGGGCCGGGUUCCCCCGGGUGCGCGUGCGCCGCACGGGGGGCGCCUACGACGUGCUGCUGGCCCGGAAGUGACCGACAUCAUGUGACCCCGUGUGA